AUGACUCUUGGUCCAAUAUGUAGUGCUAUGUCUGAGAAUGCCUUUGCUUCUGUGUUUAGAAAUACUGUACACCAACUUGCUGUGGAUUGUAACUGGCAUGAACAUACCAACACUUGGAAACAUCUGAAGCCAGGUCAAUCAAAAGUUGACUUACCAACCCAUGUUGGCUUGGCUGCUGUUUUAUAUGCUAUCCGACAAAAUGACGUCAAAUUUGAUGGUGGUCUUGCGUCUGCUCCUGUUAUCAACAAGAGCCUCUUUACUAAAACCAUCAACACAAUGAUAGCCAGACAGGAGAUUGUGCACCCACAAGUGAUGAGUUACCUUGUUGGAGGGGGUGACUAUUACUGCAAUCACUCUUUCAAGUCCAUUAAAUGGCAAUUGUUCGACAGCUUUAUUUGCAGAACUUUGCCUACAACUGACAUGGACACUAACAGUUUACUGCACAAUGAUGAUGCUCUGGAGGAGCCUGCAGAAAACAUUGUUAUGAAUAACAAUGAUCUUAACCCAUUCCAUCAGCGUGAUGAUGUAGAAAACAAUGAGUCUGAGGUGUUCAAAGCUAAAGACCAAUUGAACAUUACUUUCCACAUUGAACCUUUUCGCUCCAUGUCUUUGUGGGAGUUCACAGAAACUACUACAAAAGUCACAAAGGACAGUGAAGUUCAGCAAGUUGCUGGACUCUUGCCCAUCAACCACAAUGUUAAUCACACAAAGCGCAGCCGUAGAGCGGAUAUUAGAGGAGACUUUCACCCUUCCCAUCCCCAAAGUCACUCCCACCUAUUGAGACCAUGGGUCACACUAAAGCCCUCCAAUGACACAUGGCACAAGACUUUUCUUGCACAUAACUUUCCCCCCGCUCUACAAAUGGGAAUCAACAAUAUGAAUGUAGAAAACAAAUGUCGGGAUGCUCGUGACAAGUAUGAGACUGAUAGACACACUCAGCAAACAUCGCCUCUUUUGCACGACAUCUUACCUGGCACUGUCCCAGCAAAUGAUCUUGGCACAAUUGCUGAAACUUUGAACAACAUGGUUGACGACAACAAUUCCACAGAAGCAGAACACUCUGGCAUCAUGGAUAACAUCACUAACUUCCAAUCUCCCCCUCACGGCAAUGCUUUACCAAUUACUGAUGCUGAUCGACCAAUCAUUGACAUGCACACCACUCUCAUGAAGGUCUUAUGGCGCCAAAAAAGAUCUAGGACAUUUCCUCCGGACAUCAACAAUGAACACCACCUAUUGCAAUCACAUAAACAACUUUUCCUCUACAUCUCUGGUGUUGGUGGUGCUGGGAAGAGCCAUGUGAUAAACUGUAUGGUAGAGUUCAUGAAACACUGCAAUGACAAAGGCAAAGUCCUGCUCAGCGCACCAACUGGUUAUGCUGUAGUACUUAUCCAUGGCCACACCAUCCACGCCCUUACCGGUCUCCCAUAA